GUCUUUUCCCGUAAAAGGUCCAAAAGCUUACGACGACAAAGGUUGCUUGAAGCAUCUCAACGAAUUUGCAAUGGAUCACAAUAACCAACUCCAAGAAGCUAUAGCUUCUUUGAGAAAAGAGUUUCCAGAUGUGGCUAUAGUCUACGGAGACUACUACAACACGUUUCAAUACGUUCUACGCAGUGAAGGAUUCGACAAGAGUGUAGCUUUGAAAUCGUGUUGCGGGGUCGGUGGAGCUUACAACUACGACGGAAAGAGGCCUUGCGGAGUAGCAGGAGUACCGGUGUGUCAGAAUCCAGACAAGUUCAUAAGUUGGGACGGAGUGCACUUGACUCAAAAGGCUUAUAGAUUCAUGUCUAAGCUCUUCAACUAUCAGAUUCUUUCACAGAUCAAGUGUACUAGGGCUUAAUUACGAGCGUGUUCUUUUUUUUCAGUUUUCUCCUCAGUUUUAUGUAAAUUGCUCACAAUUA